CGUGCCUCAUCUCUAUACUCUGGAUGUAAUUCUCUUCUUUACCUCAAAUAUUCUUUUCUCUCGAAAAUUAUAAGAAGAUAAGAAGACGAAGUCCGUUCGUGAUAGAGAAUCCUAAGGAAGACGUGAUGGGCCGGAGAUAGAGAUCUCUUGAUCAAGGCGCUAUCGUUUGUUUUUCUUUAGGAGCCACAAUCAUUUCACGUUUACUUAUUAUGCAUGUGAUGUAUGAUUGAAUGUAUGCAUGUAUGUGAUUUUCGCUAGUGCAUACGCGCGGUGUAUGCCAUAGGCAAGACUGCGUUAUAAAUCCCUCAUAAUUUUAAGUCUGUGCCACCCCGACGCCCCGUCACUCGUCAAACCCAAUUUAGAUCGGUAACGGACUCACCCAAGUGAGACGCCCGGUUUACGUUGGUUAGGCGCGAAACCCGUAACUAGGGUACUGACUCGCCCCGGGUUAGUCUUAACUAAGUCUUGGUCAUAAGGAUGAGAGACUUAGGGCACUGCGGUAGGAUCAAUAAAUAAAAUCAGAUCAUCCAACCCGAGUUGUAAAUUGUUACAAUUGGAAUUUAUUCCUACCAGAAAUAAUUUAACUAUGGCAAACAACAACACAAACAACCUCGCUCUGCGUUCCAUUCUGGAUAAAGAUAAAUUGAACGGAACAAACUUUGUUGACUGGCAACGCAAUCUCUGCAUUGUUCUCCGCAUGGAUGAGAAAGAGUAUGUGCUCGAAAAGCCCAUUCCUUUGCCCCUCCCGCUAACGCCCCGAAAGCGGUCAAAGAUGCUUACGAGAAACACGUUAAGGAUGACAACCAGGUUAGCUGUGUCAUGCUGGCUACCAUGAUACCUGAGCUGCAAACACAGCACGAGGACAUGAAGGCCCACGAGAUGAUCGUGGCCUUGCGGCAGCUAUACCAGGGGCAAUCGAGGCAUGAACGUUUUCUCGUGAGUAAGGCUCUCUUUAGUUGCAAGCUCUCUUCAGGGAACCCGGUCGGUCCGCACGUUCUCAAAAUGAUUGGUUACAUAACCAAUCUGGAGAAACUCGGGGUCUCCUUGCAGAAGGAGCUGGCAACGGACCUGAUCCUGCAGUCGCUCCCUGAGCUGUAUAAGGGUUUUGUCAUGAACUACAUGAUGCAUGAUCUUGACAAACCCCUUCCGGAGCUUCUUAAAAUGCUGCAUACUGCAGAGGAGAACCUUACUAAGGGCAAGGGUGCUUCCGUCCUUAUGGUCCAAGGCGGAAAGGGGAAGCCGAAGAAGGGGAUUAAGAUUAAGGCUAGGACGGUCGGAAAGCCUAAAUCGAAGUCCACUUCAUCUGCAACCCAGAAACCCAUAGGAGGAGUUGCAAAGGGCAAAUGUCAUCACUGUGGAAACGAUAUUCCUACUUUAACCACCGUCAAAACGUGGUUGAGUAAGAGUUUCUCUAUGAAGGACUUGGGAGAUUCCAGUUAUGCACUUGGCAUAAGGAUCUAUAGGGAUAGAUCACGGAAGCUGUUAGGUCUCAGUCAAAGUACAUUCAUAGACAAGGUCCUCGCUAGAUUCAGCAUGUCUGAGUCGAAACGAGGAAGUUUGCCUAUGGCCCAAGGCACGAGUCUUUCCAAGACUCAGGGUGCUUCCACUCCGGAGGAAGUAGAACGCAUGAGAAAUGUUCCUUAUGCGUCGGCCAUUGGAUCCAUCAUGACUAAGGAUGCCUUCCUGGUAUAUGGCGGAAAAGUAGAGCUCAGUAUUGUUGCAUAUACUGAUGCCAGCUUCCAAACUGAUAGAGAUGACUUCAAGUCGCAGGCAGG